UUUUUCUUAAAAAAAUAGGUUUAUUGGUAUUAUUUUUUUAUUCGUAAUGGACGCUUUUAAAAGUCUUCAUUCAAUCAGCCUUAAUAAGCCAUUUUCGAGUAUUUCACCAUUUGCAAAGAGGACGGCGCAGCUUGUGCGUCAGACUAUUGGAACAGCGGAUAAUUUGACAGAGCUUCCGGAGGAAUAUUUAGAAUUGGAACGCUAUGUUGAUCAACUUAAAGUAGUUUAUACUAAGCUUUUGUCUGUUACAUCGACAUAUGACAACGAGUCUUAUGAUUAUCCAGCAAAUCUUCGAGAAACAUUUAGCGAGUUUUCAAAGUCAAUUCAGGAAAAAGUUCAGAAUUUGGCGACAGCACAUUCAGCUACGGAGGUCCAAGCAGCAUUUUUAAAACCUACAAGUAAAGGUGUUUCAAAAACAUUGCCUCAUGCUCUCUCUAGGGCGGCUAUGUCAUGUUCUGAGCAGUUGGAUGAUUCAAACCCAUUGAAAGAUGUUUUAAUGAUCUAUGCAGAUGCGCAAGACAAAAUUGGUAAUUCUCGUUUAAAGCAAGAUUCGCGGAUAUCUGAGUCUUUUAAUGGAUAUCUCACUUCAAAUUUGGCCACAGUUUUUAGUUGCGCAGCUAAAGCCAGAAAAAAUGUUAAUAUCAGGCGCAUAGAUCUCGAUUCAUUCAAAUCAUCUGCAAAAACAGUAAAACCUGAAAAACAUGAGCAGUUAUGCCGUGAUAUUGAGCAUGCAGAAGAUGUCUUUGUAACUGCAGUUGAAGAAGCGAUACAAAUCAUGAAAAAUGCUUUAGAGAUUCCAGAAUUGAUUUUACAAUUCAGAGAAUUUGUGGAUGCUCAACUCUGUUUUCACAAGGAAGCUUAUGAGAUUUUAUUAAACUUGUCUGAACGUCUAUCAAAAAUGUAAUAUCAUAAAAUUUUGAUAUGAUAUUUCUAAAAAAAAAUGUGG